AUGGCUGGCCGUGCGCUGUUGGUGUGUGCCCUCUGCGCGCUGUGCUGCGCCGCCGGCGGGGGCUGGGCGGCGGAGGGGAACUACUGCACGAAGCGCGACUGGAGGGACUUGCGGGCCGUCGCGAAGGACAUGAGCGACGCGGAAAUUGCGGCGAAGUACUGCGGCCGCAAGCCGGAGUUGGUGCGGGGGCUGCGGGCGAGUCUGCAGAGCGGUGGCGAGGCGGAGGCGGGGGGUGCGUCUGGCCCCGGCGGCGGCACCGCACAACCCGCCGAGGCAAAAGUAACAGGGGAAGAUAAUCCGCGGGCGGAGACGCACAGCGCCGAGGUUCUGGGAGAGGGAAAAACAACUGGACAGCCAAGGGGGCCCGGAGGACUGGGCGGGUCACCGUCACGAGAAAAAGAGCUGUCGCCAUCGCCAUUGCCAUCGGGCGAAACGGAAGAGCACUCACCGUCGGGUGCUUCUACUGGCGGAAAGGCCGCCGAAGGGCAACUUGGGACUUCGCCGGACGGGCCAAGCGACGUUGCGACUCCUCCGGGGCAAAUAAAUACACAGAAAAACCUGCAGGAGCCAACACCGGCACUGCCUUCGACAGGGCCCGAGGACCAAAAAAGGGAACACGAGGGAAAAGACGAAACAAACUUGCACACGCCUGAAGGAGGUCCACCAAAGAGAGCCGACGCCUCAGCAAAAGAAGACGUGGACGACACGCACAUAACGGAGAACACACCAGGUGGAAAUGACCAAGAAGCAAAGCGAAAUCGCUCCGUCUCAAUCUCGCGAUGGUGGUGCAGUGACAUCGCUACAAUCAUCCGACAGCUCCGCCGGCACUUCGACAGACGGCAGAGAAGAAGCACCGACGGAAGGACAACCAGAGGGAUCCUCGACACUAACAAAGCCGCCAACACCAACGUCAACUGA